UUACGAAUUCAAUAUAUGAAUUUAGUCUCAUUGUAAAGAUACAAACUAUACACACCUGAUUAAUAUAAAAAGUCAAAGUUUUCCUCCAGCCUUCCCUUUCCCCCAAGCUAACCCAAUACCCUUUCUGGAAAAUAACCAUUAUUGUCAAUGUGUUGUGCAUCCUUCUGGAUCUUUUUCUGUGAGUGAAAGGGACAUAUGUCAGUAUAUGUUAAAAACAUAACUUAUUUGGAUAUUUAGAGGCACAGGUGAAUGAAUAUUUAAAUUUGCAAGGGCUUUUUAAAAAACAGAAGAACUUUUGCCUUAGGUGUAUUGAAAUUAUUCUAAAUAUUUUUCCUUUUAUGGGAAAAACAUAUUGAGAUACGCAUUAUAUAUUAUAGCUCACAAUCCGGUAGAGAGUCCUGCAAUAAUUUUCUGGCAACCUUUAAAAAAAGAUAAAAAUGUUUAUCUGAAAAGAAAUACACUGAUGUCAUUGAAUGCUGGUCAAUGGUAGUUCUAAAGUACACACUCACCGUGGACGACACAGCCAGUGUUGUUAAAAUUACACUCUUCCACCUGUUGUGAUGCUUGUUCUGUUGCCUCCAGUACACUUUUCUUCCACCCGUAAAGUCUAGGGCUGUGACUUUAAGUGAAGGGGCUAGUAAAAAAAAAAAAAAAAAAGUGUUUCACCAUGUUAGAUAACAUGACUGCAUGAGUCAGAGCUACCUGGACUAAAAAACUAAAGUCAAUAUUAAAAGAAAUGUUCAUUAUUUCCUCCCAAACUCCUGCAAUCCCAUUCCCUGAAUUAAUUACCAUUAAUAAUUUUCUUUAUCUUCUUUUAUACUGGUGUGUGUGUGCGUGCUGGGAUGUGUGUAUGCGUGUAGAAUGGAGUCAUAUGUUACUCUUUAAGUCAGGAUACAGGUUUGAAUCCAUAAUAAAGCCCCAAAAUAACAGUGGCUCUCACAGGAGAGAAGUUUAUUUCUUGCUCAUGAAAGAGUCCAGUUAUAAGCAGUCUAGGAGGUAUGGACUUGUCACAGUGUCAGUGACACAGGGUCCUUCUGGCUUGUGCUGUCAUCCCCAGGUAUCUUGCUCAUCUACGAGAUUACCACCAUUUCUUCACUCCCACCCAAGGAGGGAGUGAAAAUCCAGGGGAAGGCAUUUCCCUUUAAAGAGCACAACCAGGAAGUUGCACAUAACCGCUCUCAUCCCACUGGCUAUCGUUUAAUCACAAACCACAUCUCACUGCAGGGGAGGCCGGGGAGAAGUAGUCAGGGCUGGAAGGGUCCAGACAACUCCGGGCUGCCUCCCUACGGCUCAGUCUCGGGCGUCCCGAGCAUUGGUUUGUUGCUGCUGUGACUUCUCUGGUUAGAGAAUGACACAGAAAGGGCAGGAAAAAAGUAAAAUGAAAAGAUUGAUCGACUUAAUUAAAAUUUAAAACUUCAGAACGGUGAAAAAUACUGUGCAAAUUAAAGGGCACGUGGCGGCGUGCCGUGAAAAUGAUUCGCAACAUGUAUAAUACGCAGGUGCGUAAUAAUCUUACAUAUUAACAACUGUUGCAAAUCUGUAAGAAGUCAGUGCUUCAAUUAAAAAUGGGCAAAGGAUGCCAGUGGCAAUUUAGAAAAAGAGAAAUACAACAAGCAAAUAGAUAUAUGAAAAAUAAACAUUAUAAGCAUGCUAUAUGAUUUUUUAAGUGCAAAUUAAGCAACAAAGGGUAUGCACCAUUUAACACAUCUAUAGGGACUACUUGUGUUGAAACUUUAUAUGUGUUGAAACUUUAUAUAUGAGUUCCUUUAUAUGUGUUGAAACUUUAUAUGUGUUGAAACUUUAUAUACGAGUUCCUGGCUGGGAGGAGGAAGAGAGGCUUUUUGAGCAUUCUUGUGGUCUGUUGCUUGGAAUAUAAUUGAAAUAAAUCUUUGGGAGGGCCUUUUGGCAAUAUGAAUCAAAACCCUUGAAAAAGUACAUACUUUGACUCAGACAUUCUACAGUAGAAAUGCGUCCCAAGGAAAACGUAUGUUCUCUAACAUUUAGAAAACUCAACACAGAAUUGUUUACAAAAUAUAGAAAAAUCCAGAAACAAUGUAAAAUGCCCCCUCAAAAGGGAAUUGGAGAAGUAAUUUAAUGUCUGUCCAUAUAAUGGACUACUCUGACGAAAUUAACAAUUUUGUAAAAGUAUAUUUAUCUUAAAAAAGGAGAGAUGGUUAUUAUGUAUUUGUAGGCAGGAAAGCAUAAACAAUGUGUACAAGAUGGCCCCAUUUUAAUAAAAGUAUCUACAUGAGUCAUUUAGGAUGCAACUCAUAAGCAAUAGAAAAUUCCCUUUAAACUCACUUCAACAAGCAAAUUUAUUUGUUCAUAUAAGUAGAAACUCCAGAAGUAAGAUAGAUUUUAAUGUCAGCUGAAUUUAGCAGCUCAGAAAGCUCCUUAAAAACCCAGUUUCUUUUUAUAUCUCUUUUUUGCCUUCUGUAGCGCCUGCUUGGGCUGAAAGUUGGUUUGUGUCACGGAGGCAAGCUGGCCUCCAACAGCUUCCGGUUGUCCAACCGCAGAGAAAGGAGUGUUUCUCCCCAGGUCUCUGGCGGGAGCCCUACGCUUCCUUCUGACUGGACCACCUUGAUUGUGUGGCAUUUCCAGAGGCAUGCUUUGUGUUGAUUGGCUUAGGUCUGGAUUGGGUACUGGUUCCUAAAACAAACACUGUUGGCAAGAGCAUAAGAUUAUUGUAAUUUAGUUUAGCCAGAUCAGUCUCUAUAAUGGUGGUAGACAUGGGGUAAUUCCCAACAAAUCUGCACGGAUAUCUACAACGGUGUGAAGUGGAAUGGAUGUUGAAAAGCUCACCCUCACCGCAGGAAACAGCCUGGAAGGAUGUAUACCAACCGCAGUUAUCUUCAAGUGGAAUUAUGGGGGAUUUUCAUUUUUCUUAUUUAUGCCUGUUAUUUUACAUUUUCUCUUUUUUUUUUUUUGCUAAUUUUACAUUUUUGACAACAAACAUAUUACUUGAAAGUUUAAAAAGAAACGAAGGCUAUAAAUAUGAGAAAAAGUUGGUGUAUAACACUUGCGAUGUAAUUAACAGAUUGAGAGACUUAAAGCAGACAUGUUGGCAAACAGGAAGUCUGAAUUUUCAGAACGGCACCAACUGUGCCUUGGAGAAGCUUCUGACUGCCUUUCUCUUGCCUCUGUAUGAAACUGUGGUCAUUUCUAUAGCUGUACCAUGAGAUUUUUGAAGGCUAGCCUGGCUUAAGACCAUUGGUUCCAGUGGCUUGCGUCUUUCCCUCGUGGUGGGGUGACGAAACUUUUUAGCUCUCUCUAGAGACAUUUUCGCUUGUCAGCUUGAAACACCAUGAAGUGGGUCCCAACUCCAGAAGGGGUGCAGGAGAAGCACUGGCCUCAGGUUCCUCUAUUUCUUCCUUGGACAGAAGGAGCAGCGUGUUCUUUCAAGAAGUGGCUAGCACAAAAAGUCCCCGCUUCCUCUGAGAGCCCGCAGCUCUCGGGAAUCACAGUGUGAAACUGGCUGUGGUCCCAGGGAAGGGGCUCUGGGUCUGAGGCUCAGGAGCCUGGGAGAAUGUGAAGUGAGGCACUUCCCUUGACUCACUUCUGUUAGAUGCUGGGUAUUGGGGGUUCUUCCCAGGAUUCAUGGAGAAACUCCUGCUACUCUUCCACAUACUUUUUUCCUGGAGAAGAGAACUCAGUUUCCCACUGGCAGAAAAGACUUCCACUCGUAAUGUGAGUGAGUUCCUCCUGCUAGCCCCAUGUCUCUACUGUCCGGGAUUCAUCUCAUCAUUUCCUGUCCUGGUUUUUCAUGCAAGAAAAAGAAUACCUUCCCCAGAUCCUCUUCUUGGGAAAAGGAGAAGAAAAACACACAUCUGUCUAACCAAAGAGUGCAUACCUGCUCUUACUUCCAAACUCGUGAAGUAAAUCUCUUGAGGACAAAGACCAUAUCUCAUUCUUCUCUGCAAGCUCAGCAUUUAGCACAGUGCCUGUUACAAGGAGCCAAGUUGCCCUGAAGAUCAUGAACUUGUCUUCUGACCACUGCAACAUAUCGGAUUGGCUGAGGCUGGAAGCAACAGUGAAGGCCUCUGUGUAUGUGGUGGCCUUCUUCUUUGCCACAUUCGUCACCGUCAUCAUCAUCACAAUAGUGUUACAGAAUUCGAAGCUGAGGAGAGAGGUCCGACACAUCCUCCUGUGCCACCAUCUGCUAUGCAUCUCCUCCUACUGUGGCCUCGGGGUGGUUUUCCAAGGGAUGCGGGCUCUGCUGGCGAACAGCCCCGUGCUGGUGUGCUGGGUGGUAUUUGGGGUCCAGCUAAGUGUUGGAGAAGGGAUCCUCUUUACGCUGGCCUUGAUGGCGGUCAACACUUACCUGGCUGUUUGCUGGCCUUUGAAAUCUCUGUCCUUUGUAGAUUCAGUUAAGUACAGGAUCCUGGCUGCGUCUUGGAUAAUCAUUAUAUUCAAGAAUGUUUGCUUAUUCCUCAUAGAAAGCGCUAACCCCCCUCGAGUUGCUGUUUUUAAAUCUGAACCCCUGUGCCCUGUGAUCUUGAAUGGCCCUCCUGCCAGAGCCGUUGGCAUGGUUUUCCUUUUCUUUCUUCUGUCCAUCAUUCUUACAAGUUACUUUCUGAUCUACCGAGAAGGCAAACGGGCUGGCCAUUUUAAUAGAUCAAAUAUCAAAGCAAAAAAAACAGUCCUUAUUCAUUUAGUGCAGAUGAGUUUGCAUGUAAUACCAAUCCUGAUAUUCGUAGGUUUGGGAAAGAUGUGUGGGGUGUUUUUCUUUGCUUUAAACCUGGUACUUUUUGGAGUCUUUGCAUUUGCACAGUGUCUUAACCCCCUGAUCUAUGGGCUCUGGAACAGAGAGCUGCAAAGCGGAUUAUACCACUGGAUGUGCUGUCAGCUGUGGUGUGGUCACAUUAUGAACGACAGAGAGCCAGUUUAAUCUGGAACUCAGCCACUCGGAAUCAAUGACUCUAGCCCUAGCAGACCAUCAGCCAGGCUUGAGGACUUGCCUUUUACGCAACCUAAAAUUGGUGCCUUGGUUUGAUUCUGGAAGCGAUGGGAGUAAGUCAGAGCUAUUCAUCUGGCUUGCAAACUUCGUUGCUGUGUGCGCUGAACUGGCCUCACGGAAAUCGUUUUAUAUCUUUAAUUCUAAACCCAGAUCAACAUUUUUGGCGGCAUGCCCUACUGUGUUUCAGUAGUCAGGCAGCUUUUGAGAACGCACUUGUUUUUAGAAAUGGAGAACUGGUCCAUGGUUGAUAGGAAGAGAAGUUUGGCUGUUCCUCUUCUAUUAAUUAGGGAUAGGCUUCGCUGCAUGUAGUAACAAAGCAGAAACCAAAUAACAGUGAUUUUGUAAAGUUUGAGAUUUUUUUUUCUGAUGUAAAAGAAAUCUGGAGGUAGACAAUGCAGUCUUAUAUCACAGCUCUGCAAGCAACAGGUUCAUUCUGUUCUACUCUGACAUGCUUAUUAUGCUACCUCAUGGCCCAAAAUGGCUGUUAACGUUCCUGUCAUCACGUUCAUACUCCAGCCAACAGGAAGGAGUAAGGGGCAAAGGAAGGUCUAUACUCUCCUUUUUUUUUAAAAAAAAUUUUCAAUGUUUAUUUGUUUUUGAGAGAGAGAGAGAGCGAGCAGGGGAGGGGCAGAGAGAGAUGGAGACACAGAAUCUGAAACAGCCUCCAGGUUUGAGCCAUCAGCGCAGAGCCUGACGCAGGGCUCGAACCCACGAACCGUGAGAUCAUGACCCGUGCCAAAAUUGGAAGUACAACCGACUGAGCCACCCAGGCGCCCCUAUACCCUCCCUCUACAGACACUUUUUAGAAGUUACACAAAAUACUUUUUCUUCUAUCUAACUGGCCCAAAUUUACUCAUAUGCCUAUGCCUGGCUUUAAGAGAGAAUGGGAAUGAAUUUUAGCUGGGUAGUAGAGUCCCUGGCUAAACAUUGGGGCUCUUGAUACUAAGACAGGAAGGAAGAAUGGCCAUUAGGAGGCAAAAUUAUUUCAGGGGCCAUUUUCCUUUCAACCAAAUAAAGUAUAAAGAAAGAUAA